AUGAUUGCACUCAUAAUAUUCUUGGGGCUCGUAAUCCCCUCAUUUGCUCAAUCAAACUCGACGGCUCUGGAAGGCUGGCAGUUCGACGAUGAUUCACGCUCAAGCUGGGACAUUUUGUGGACCUGUCUUUCAACAAUACUCGCCUGCACAUGGACAGCGCUACACAUUUCGGCUCCAAGAAGAGACGAGUCUGACAAUGCGUACACCUUUUUGAAAAUUGUGGGAUGGAUAUUCGCAAUUCUCGCCCCAGAACUAAUGGCCGGGGUUGCGGCCGAGGAGCUAUGUAGGGCCCGGGCUGUGGUUGCGCGCUGCAAUGAUGCGCUCUGCAAGCUGUCCAAUGAGUCAACACGUUUGGUCUCUCCGCCUCUGGAUACUCCUAAAAUAGCGGAACAGGGCUGUGAUGGAGAAGCGACCUCACCUGAGAAAGCUGCGUCAACUCAGGAAACGGAGGCUUCAAUACGAGAUAAAGCACAAGCGAUCCCUCGAUGGUCUACUGUUCAAGGCUUUUGUUUGACUAUGAAUGGAGUCCUUCUGCAGACUAAAGACGGUUGGACUUACCCAGUUCAGCCGAACAAUGUUGUUCAACUCAUCGAAGCCGGCAUUGUGAAGCACUUUCACUUGAGAUCCCGCGACAUCAAAGAUCGCGCCAAGGCCGACUCCCUUGCAAAAGCCUUUACCUUACUACAGAGUCUUUGGGUCACAUGCAAUAUAAUUGCAAGACGCGCAUAUGACUUGCCAAUCUCCCCACUGGAAUUUUCAACGGUGGCAUACGUUGCUUGUGCUGCCGUUACUUAUAUAACAUGGUGGCACAAACCGAAAGAUAUGGUAACGCCUAUACUUGUAUUUCUACCAUACGUCAAAGAUGGCACCGACAUGCCACUUCAGAUGAGGAAGACAUUGGACGAGGGACACGGGUCUUGGGUUCGAUUACCGGAUGCUGUGGAUGGAGAUUUUCUCAGUUGGUUGAAAGCAGCGGCGCAUCUGCUGAGAAUGCCAUUUACGGUCAAAGGACGAAAACUUCUCAUCGAAGGAAUUACAAAAGGCUAUGCGGACGUAAAGGAAGAACUGUCAAACGACGAUCCGUCCCCAGUCAAUGACCGUCCUCAAGAUGAGGAAAUCGCUCAGCCAUCGAAGCUGGAGGAAUCCCAGAGAUCCACUAGCAAGAUCAGAGAUCCACCUGAGCUACUGAGUAUUGGGAGCUAUAUUAAUCUUGCCAAUCUCUAUAUGUUCGUGGCCUUGUUAUUCUGUGGAAUCCAUGUCGCUGCGUAA